CCUCAGAUCUGCCACCAGUACUUGAGCCUGGAGAACUCGCAGAGGAGGUUGUAAUCUGAGUCGCAUCCCCAGGCAUCAUGACAACACUAAGGAACUUUCAAAACGAAAUAGACGCCAUACACACCCGAGAGCUGGCUAAGCAGCGUGGCCAAGUAGCAUCAGCUCCAGCUACCAAAGAGCAACCUGCUACUAGCAAGGGCCAGGAGGUACUCAAGGGUCAGGAAGUACACAAUGAUGAAUCCAAGCCUCAGCCAAACACGGAUCAAUCAGAACUCUCCGAAGAGGAGGAAGCAGCACAAAUCUUGGAGCUCCUCUCCGCCGGAAACCACGAUGAUGCUCGCGAUGCCGUUGCAGCAUUGUUGACUCGACACCAAGGCGAACUCAUCUUCCACAUUGGAUCUCGACCAAAUCAUGCCAAGUUGUACGCUAGCGAGACACUAUCCAACGAUGACUGGACAGGGGCUACACGGACCGAGGAGCAGGUCAGGUCACUAGAGGAUGGACUCAGACGUAUAUUGGAAGAGAUCGGAGGGAAGACCUGUGUUCUGUUCAAAGGCGGUGCGGACCACCCACGGUCAACUAUAUUAUUGCGCAUUCCUCCUCUCGAUGUGGCACACACUCCCGAGGUGCGCUGCGCCGUGGUUGGCAACGUCGACAGCGGAAAGUCGACUACUCUCGGAGUGCUUACACGAGGCGCCCUGGAUGAUGGAAGAGGACGAGCGCGAGUGGGCCUCUUCCGACAUAAGCACGAAGCUGAGACAGGUCGGACGUCUAGCGUUGGCAUGGAGAUAUUAGGGUUUACGACUUCUGGAGUCCCAAUAUUACCCAAUGCCUCCAACACCAGCGACGUUGAUGCAAUACGUCGCGAGAAGCUCAGCUGGGAUGAAAUAUCCAAGCAGGCGGCGAAGAUUGUGUCGUUCAUCGAUCUUGCCGGACACGAGCGAUAUCUAAAGACCACAUUAUACGGCUUGACGUCAGGCGCGCCUUCUUGCGUCGUGUUGAUGGUCGGAGCAAAUGCUGGACUUAUCGGCAUGUCCAAGGAACACCUGGCUAUUGCACUUGCCUUGAAUGUGCCCGUCGUGGUUUGUGUCACAAAGAUUGAUAUGACUCCAGCAAACGUCUUGACCGAGACUGUUGGACAGGUGACGAAAAUAUUAAAGAGCCCCGGGUGCAGGAAAGCUCCCGUAUUCGUCAAGUCUAUGGAGACAGCGAUAGAAAUAUCGCAGACCUUCGCUGCACAACGGCAGUGCCCCAUAUUCUCGAUAUCAAACGUUACUGGCGAAGGCUUGGACUUUGUUCGGACAUUCUUGAACCUUCUGCCUCCAUCCGAAGCAGAAUAUCAGAAGUCAGCCAUCGAUCAACCACUAGAGUACUCGAUAACGGAGGUGUGGUCUGUACCAUACGUUGGAACCGUAGUGAACGGUAUCCUGAAUAGUGGGCGGGUCAAGACCGGGGACACGAUCAUGUUCGGGCCGGACGCAAACGGGCACUAUCAAACUUCUGUCAUCCGUAGCAUGCAGCGUAAAAGGGCGGACGUGAUGACCGCUCAGGCGGGACAGUGCGUCGCAUUAGCAUUGAAGCGGGUGAAAAGGCAAGCAGUUCGAAAGGGAAUGAUCAUAGUACACAAGUCCGAGACCCCUCCCAAGGUGGUUCGCCAAUUUGAAGGACAGGUUCUUAUAUUAUAUCAUAAUACUACCUUGCAACGGAACUAUCAGGCCAUGCUUCACUGCGGGGCUGUCCGGCAAACCGUUCGGAUAAUAUCCAUGGAUCACCCUCACGGCAUACUACGAACAGGUGAUCGAGCAACAGUGCAAUUCGAAUUCAUCUCGCACCCAGAGUUCGUCAAAGUUGGGAUGAAACUAUUAUUCCGAGAAGGCAAGACAAAGGGCCUUGGAGUUAUAACACGAUUAUUAUAGAGAGCUAGGGAAGUAGAAGUGAUCUUGAUUGAUUUGUUAAUGUCUUGCGUAUGUACGAAGUGUACGAUUACUUCGUUGCAUUUGAUCAUGAGGUGUGCAACAUGCAUACGUUAUUGGCAUGCUUUUUGCCAUGUUUGUGUACAUGCCUUCCGGGCUGAUCAUACGAAGGCCAGAACCUUUUCUGCCGAGAUUCUC